GGUUAACAGCUCAAGGAAUUGUUAUAGGAACUCUUUUGGGAAUAGUGCUUCAUGUAAGAUUUAGUCCGGAUGAUCAGCAAGUGGCAGUAUGCGCUGGAAAUCAGAUCUACAUGUUAAGUGCCAAGAAGAAAGCUGUACUAGCUGAAUUGAAUGGCCACCUGGCUCCAGUGACUGCUGCCGAGUUUUGCACAUGGGAGAAAAGUAUGCUUAUAUCAGUGUCAGAAGACAGAACCUUUAAGGUGUGGGACUAUUCUACCGGCCAGUUAAUAUAUCAGUCAGCAGUAUUAACGGCAGCAUUUCCUUUGCUAAGUCUGCUAAUUGAUGAAGAAAAUAAACAAAUUAUCACUGGAUGUGCUGAAGGACAGCUUUGGAUCUUCAGUUUAGUCAGUGAUCAUAAUUAUCGUUGUGUGACACAUAUCAACCUAAAGAAAGAGCAAGAGAAAUUCUGCAAUAAAGUGUGUAAAUCUGGAAAAGAAAUAGGUAAAGGGCAAAAUACUUCCAAGCUUUGCAAAACAAACAACAGGAGACCAGAAGGAUCAGUGGAAACGUCGUUGCCUAUCCUCUUAAUUGAACACUGUGACUUUUUAGUAUGUUUCCAUAACGAAGAAAACAUAACUUCUGCCCUGAAUACUCGCCAUUUUUUGAUAGGAAGCUCUACUGGCUUGUUAAUAAUUGAUUUGGCAAACUUUGAAUUAGAAGGUUUUUUAACUUACAAAGAUUGUAGUGACCUCAGCAUUCAGUUUGCUGGAUCGUGUGCAUUAACAAGGAAGGCAAUUAAUGGAAAGGUUUUAUGCUUGAUCACCUCAAUGUUUGAAGAUAUUAUUGCUGUGUUGGAAGUUAACCUUGCUGCAUUGGUGAGAACUCAUCAGAGUGAUUUUCUCCGAUGUGGAAAUGAAAACAGUCUAUCGGUUAUUGCCAGGUGUUCUUUAUUGGCAAAUUCUCCAUUGUGUAAGGUUUUAAAGAAAAACUUGAAAGAACCGUCUGGUAAAACACUUGGAGUGAAAAGCACAGUGAAAGAUCAGCCAGUGGUUUUCCAUAAUAAAAUUAAGUCAUCAGGUUAUACAGCAGCACCACAAAUGACCAUGUUUUCUUCAAAUAAUAACCUGAAGAAAAAAGAGGUAUCAAAGUGGAAGGCCAGUUGUAAAUGUAAAAAUAAAGAAUAUCCAUUGGAAAGUUAUCCUCCAGUCAAAUAUGAGAAAGAGAUAUCUGUUACUUGUAAACCAACCCCAAUUUGUUGCAUUCAGUAUUCUGGUGAUGGAGAGAUGCUGGCUUGUGGCUUGUCAGACAAGACUGUACUGAUAUUCAACUCCAAUCUCACCGAUACACAUAAUGUUUUUUCAGGUCAUGAUGGUGCAGUUAACUCUGUUGGCUGGAGUCAUGACAAGAAGUGGUUAGUUUCUGCUUCAGAAGACAGAACUUUAAGGGUCUGGUCAGUCUGCAAUAAUAAACCUGCCCUAGUUCUGGGCAAAGAAAUGUUCCAUAAGACUGUACGCUUUGCACAGUUUUAUUUUAUGGAUACAUUUAUAUUGCUGUGUUGUGGAGCUGAAUUUCAUCUAUUAAGUUUCCAUCUAGACACAACCAAGGAUGACCUCAAACGAUACAAGAAUAGAAGUGUUUACAAAUUGGUACAGAAAUUUUCCAUGGCUUCGACCAUGGAGAUUACCAGCCUUUCAGCAGUAAAUGAUUUCUACUCUUAUAUUGUACUUACAGCUGGCAGCAACCGAGCAUUGGAAGUUUUUGACCUCAACGCAGGCUGCAGCACAGCAGUGAUACCAGAAGUUCAUACUAGAUCAGUUCAUCAGAUCUGCCAAAAUAAGGGGUCAUCAUUCAGCACUCAGCAACCCGAAGCUUACAAUCUUUUCAUGACCACAGCUGCAGGUGAUGGCAUCAAACUGUGGGAUUUAAGAACACUGAGGUGUGAACGUCGUUUUGAAGGGCACACUACCUGCUGCUAUCCAUGUGGAAUUGCAAUAUCUCCUUGUGGACGGUUUAUAGCCAGUGGAUCAGAUGACAAAUAUUUAUGUCGAAGGAACUCAGAUGGAAACUGUGAUUUUACUGUAGUGGGCGAUUUCCUGGGACUACUGGAAAGACAGCCUCCAUAA